CCGGCGUAAGUUACCGGGAGAGGGAGCGGGUCUCCUUUUCCCCCUAAUAAUAAUCAACCGGCGGAAGGAUGAUCGCUGCCCGGCGUCAGUUCAAUCUCGAUUCUGCUCCACUACUGCCACUGCUGCCUCCCAGGUGGCAUUGCAGUCAUUCUUUCUUUAAUCUAUCAUUGCAUUAUUAUGAGCCGGUCUUUCUCUCCUCUCCUCUCCUCUCCCUUCUUGCUAUCUCUCCCUCAGCGUCUGCGUCUCACCUAGCUCAAUCAUGACGGGUCGAGACUCUGAUAAGGGGCAUCGCUACAUCAUCGCCUUGGAGAAUGCGCGCUGCCAGGAUAAGUGGGAUGAAGUUCCAGAAUUGAUCCGAAAGGUGACCAAGCAUGCUCCGCAGAAGACAUGUCUCCUAGAGGUCGCCAGCGCAGAAUACCAAAUCGCAUCGCACAUCCACAAAGAAGCGUCGACUCCCCGGUCAACCUCCGCUUCUUCCAGCCUCCAUGAAUUGGUUCCGCCCCUCCUUUCCACCGUUAAUAGAGCAGAAGGACCUAAGCAGGAGGUGUUUCAAGCACAAGUCUGCCUGGGAUGGGUACAUUGGACGCUGAAUGAACCAACCCUGGCAACAUCUCGGUUCCCCGCCAACUUCGGGGAAACCAUCCAUGAUCUCGAAAGUGCGGGGGAGGAGCUCUCCCCGUGGACGCAGGCUUGCCUUGUCAAGGCUUGCUAUCUGAAAGCUGCCUCACAACGCAUGAUGUCGGACGCCGGCGAUGCCCUGGACACUCUUGAGUCGCUCAUACCGUGGUUGAGUAGCCACUUGCAGGGUUCCGCCUUGAGUAAUCCUCAGUUCCUUUACUGGUCUGAGAGGCUAGUAGCUGAAGGCGCAUCCAUCACGGUGGAAGAUGCUCUCCGUGACAUUGGCGCCACUGAUGCACAAACCGUGACCACCGCGCUAGGCUUCCUCCGAUUAUGGGCUUCUCAUCCUAACAUAAAGCAAGCGACUGCUUCUCAGUCUGUGCCUGCGGAUAACGCCACGGGUUCGGCACUUCGAUCGUCUCUUUGGAAAUCAUACUACGACCUGUUGACAGCGAUUUUGAGACAUGGGGUGCCAUACAGCCCCUCGACGAACGGACCCGAACGUCCGCAGUUGGCCAGCGAGAUACGACGCGUUGAGGCUGUUUGCGAGGCAAACCUCCUACGCGAGACAAAGUUUCCUGCCGCCGACUCCAGCAACCCACAUGUCGAAGACUGGGUUGAAGAAGUGAUGUCCAAUUGGCAGGUGCUUUGCGGUCCUACCUGGACCGAUGAAGAACUUGGAGAAGGAGGCCAGAACGCUGUUGGCAGAAACGUUCUCGAUAUCCUUUACCGCGCUGCUACCAAAACGUACCAUUCGCAUCUGAUUCUGCGGCGUCUAUUUCAUGUCCAUUGCGCCCUAGGCGACUCUGCUCUUGCGAUCAAGGCGCUUGAUUCGUACAUCGAAAUCGUCACCAGCGCCAAACACAGGGCUGAGAAAGGAGCAGAGUCUGGUGAAUUAGAAAAUGAUGGAACCCUGCUUCGCACUAUCGCCGAGGGCGUCACCGUGUUGUGUUGCUUCGGCUCCGAGAAAGAGGCCGAAAAGGCUAGAGACUUGACGCAGUUGUUGAAGGAUUUUGCCGCAAAGCAUGUUCAGGAAAACAAGGAUCAAGACCAAAGGGUUGUCGUCAUUACGCCCGAAACGAACUCUACUGCCUCUCAAGUCGUUUCUCCAUUGGAUAUUGCCGCGGCGUAUAGAGGCAUUGGUAUAGGACUGGCCAACUGGGCGUACUGGACCCCUAUCAAUGAAGAUCGUGACGAUAUUCGCGCGGAGGCAAUUGACUAUCUUGACAAAAGCUUGGCACCGGAGCUUGAAGACGGGUCUAACCGUUCCUCACUUUACACUCUGGCACUUCUGUUGGCCGAAGACAGAGACAUAGACGGUGCUAUUGAGUAUGUCCGAUCGGCGUUGACAUCAGAUACACAACCACGAUCCGGACAAGCCGACUUUACUCGCGAACGGGAACUUGUUCCCCUGUGGCACUUACUUGCUCUUCUUCUUAGUGCGAAGGAAGAUUUCGAUAUCGCCGAGCGCUCUUGUGAAGCGGCUUUUGAGCAAUUUCCAGCCACAAUUACGUCUUUGGCUCAUAGCGAUAGACAGCCACCCAAGCAUCACCAUAACCCUCAGGAGCAAGCCGUCACUGGUUUGACGCAAGCACUUAUUGAUCAACUUCGAAACCGCGAGAAGGAGCGUAUCAUCGAGACUCGCAUGACUCAGCUCGCAUUUGUUGAGCUCCUCGAGGGGCCAGAGAAUGCUCUGAAUCACAGUGAACAGCUCCUCAGUCUUUUUGCCACCUUGUUUCGCUCUUUGAACCUUGAAACCGAUGAAAAACCCAGUAGCGCUCCGGCCGACCAUCUUGUCCCACCUAAAAGCUCUGCAGGAACAGUGAAGAGUCUCAGGGGGAGUAUCUUUGGACGGCAUCGUGGGCCACGUGCAAAAACAGAAUCAGCUCCUGAUUCUAGGGCUGAGGGUCAUGCGCCCUCUCACACUGGUGCCGCACCCGCUUUACAAAUUACUGGCGAUGCUCCAGCCGAUAGCCAGGCUCCGGCUGGGCAUGGACUUCGGAAGUUGCGGACGAGGGGCAAUACUCUCCAGAAAACGGAUGGCGUGCAAGAGCAAAUUUCCACUCAAUCGAUCGGCAACACCGCAGCCCAGGCAGGUCCUGAUACUGUGCCUCAGCCGCCUUCUGCAACUGUGGUUGGAAUGGCAGUCGCCGAUGCAGCCACACAGCCGUCAACUGCUAGACAGUCGUUGGAAUCUAUACCUCAUAACCAGAAGCAUGAUGAACAACCCCCGCCAACCGGCCACCCUCAUCAACCUCCCGUACAGGACACUCGACUUCCUCUAUCUUACGCAUUCGACUCCCCCACCCGAGCCGUGACCAAGGUCCCACCAAUCCAAUCCCAGAAGCACGCUCUUUCUAUACUUGUCAACAUCUGGCUGCUUAUUGCUGGACUCUAUCGCCGCGCGUCAUCGUUCGAAGACGCACACGAAGCGUGCGAGGAAGCAUCCAAGCAGAUUGUACGUUUUGAGAGCCUUGUUGCAUCGCAGGAGUCAUCCGCACGGGCGUUCCGCGAACGGGGAUGGGCCUGUCCAAAGAGUUGCCAGGACCUCUGGGCCGACCUUUAUGCGGAGCGGGGUCUCUUGUCAAACGCACAGGCUCGCCCGCAUGAAGCAAUCGAGCAUUUUGAAAAGGCCCUUCGGCACGAGAUGGAUCACCCGAAAGCCACAAUUGGUCUGUCCAGUCUGCUCCUCGACAUCUGGGAUCGGAAAAUACCUCUGGAGCCUCCAACAAGAGGGAUUGAACUUGAUCCCUCUAUGUUCCCUUUGUCCUACCCUCUCAGCGAGCACAGGCAGAAGUCAGGUCAAGCUGAUUCAGCUCUUCCGAAUGAAGAUGGUGCUGAAAAAGAGGAAGAGCCUAGACUUCUCAACCGCAUUGCAGCCCGGGAGCGGGCUUUCGGCCUGCUCUCAGCCUUGACGAAACGAGGCAGCUCCUGGGACAACAGCGAGGCUUGGUAUGCACUGUCCCGAGCAUAUGAAGCAGUGGGACAGAUUGAGAAACUGAAAGAGGUGCUAUGGUGGUGUAUCGAGUUAGAAGACCGUCGGCCUAUUCGACCCUGGUCCAGCAUCGGCUCUGGUAUAUAUGUGCUUUGAGUAUAUAUGUUUAGGCCUGCAUCAAGCGUUAUCCUUCGUUCAUUCUGCUGGUCUACUUAAUAUCAUACCUCCAUGAACUUUGUGUCCAUAGAGCAGAGCGUACCAGAUAGUAUUGGCAGGUGGAAGAAAGGAACAUAGAAUAAUUGGGGAUAGGGUUGACGAUUUUGAACUAGAAAACAAGACAUCUUUAUGUACACAUCAAGUCCAAGACAUGGAACGAUUUUGCUUGGCGGUCGAUGGAUCUACCGGGGAGCCGCAACCGGAGUCCAAGCAGAGUACUUGGGGCGGGUG